CCAGGCAGCGAUGACACUGAAUUCCCGCCCAUCUAACAGCUGGUGACUUCCCUCGGGGCGGGGCGAACCUGCUUCCAUCUCGUGACAGAGCGACGCCACGACACAGGAGCGCGCACAGCAUCGGCCAUUUUAUCAGCCACAGCGCGUAGGAAUAAGGAUAAUCUUCUUAAAAGUAAUAGCUGACUAGACUCUGGAUUGACGACAGUGCCAUAUCGCUGCGUACCUUUGGCCAGACGUGGCUGUCUAAUGAAGGCCUGGGAAGGGCUGCACAGUGAUUGGGAGCUGAGCUGGGACACUGCCGCCCCGGGCUGAUGUGACACGGACACCGUAAAUAAGGACUUAUCACUGGGCCACACGGAUAUCAAGCGCACACUGAGCAGAAUGAAAAGAGGAAGGAAAGCCAGUGAGGCUGACAUUAGUUUUUCUGAUGAAGAGAUGGAGGAACUGUCAAAGAAGUUGAAGAAUACAGAAAAUGAAUCUUCUGAGAUGUCAACGAGUCAUGAUUGGGGAAACUUGCUUCCAGAUAUUAUAAUACAAAUAUUUCAGUAUUUGCCUCUCUUGGACCGUGCAUAUGCUUCUCAAGUAUGCCGAAACUGGAACAAUGUUUUUCAUAUGCCAGACCUGUGGAGAUGCUUUGAAUUUGAACUGAAUCAGCCGGCCACAUCUUAUUUGAAGGCAACGCAUCCUGACUUGAUAAAGCAGAUUAUCAAGAGGCACUCAAACCACUUGCAAUAUGUUAGUUUUAAGGUUGAUAGUAGUAAAGAAUCCGCAGAAGCUGCUUGUGAUAUCCUCUCACAGCUUGUCAACUGUUCUCUGAAAACUCUUGGACUUAUUUCUACUGCCAGACCAAGUUUUAUGGACUUACCAAAGUCACAUUUCAUAUCUGCGCUUACUGUGGUGUUUGUAAAUUCAAAGUCACUCUCAUCCCUUAAAAUUGACGACACACCAGUUGAUGACCCAUCACUGAAGGUAUUGGUGGCAAACAACAGCGAUACACUGAAGCUUUUAAAGAUGAACAGUUGUCCCCACGUUUCUCCUGCAGGAAUCCUUUGUGUAGCAGAUCAAUGUCACGGGUUACGAGAAUUAGCCCUGAACUACUAUUUGCUGAGUGAUGAGCUGCUAAUUGCAUUAUCUUCAGAGAAACAUGUUCGACUAGAACAUCUCCGUAUUGAUGUUGUGAGUGAGAAUCCAGGUCAAACCCAGUUUCACACAAUACAGAAAAGCAGCUGGGAUGCUUUGAUAAAACACUCCCCUAAAGUAAAUUUGGUGAUGUACUUUUUUCUUUACGAAGAGGAGUUUGAUCCAUUUUUUCGUUAUGAAACACCAGUCACGCAUCUAUAUUUUGGUAGAUCAGUAAGUAAAGAGGUGCUUGGCCGUGUUGGCAUGACAUGCCCACGUUUGGUGGAAUUGGUUGUUUGUGCUAAUGGACUUCGGCCUCUGGAUGAAGAGUUGAUCCGCAUAGCUGAGCACUGCAAGAGCCUAACAGCCAUUGGACUUGGGGAGUGUGAAGUCUCUUGCUCAGCUUUUGUUGAGUUUGUUAAGAUGUGCGGAGGCCGUCUCUCUCAACUUUCAAUAAUGGAGGAAGUAUUAAUACCUGAUCAGAAAUAUAAUGUAGAGCAAAUCCACUGGGAAGUGUCCAAGCAUCUUGGCAGAGUGUGGUUUCCAGAUAUGAUGCCCACUUGGUAGACUCUCAAACUCUCUCACUACUUGUUAAUGAAAGAGCACCUUAGAUCUCCAGUACAUCUGCAUGGAAACCUAAAUUAAUCAGCAGUUUUUAUUGUUUUGUUUUUUUCCUUUGUUGUAUGUAUGUAGGUGCUAAUUUAUCAAACAAUUUAUAACAAUCAGGAUCAAGUAGGGACCGUUAAUUUUCAUUUAAAAAAAAUUACAUUCUAUAGUAUUUUACAAAUCUGGUUAUAACUUGGACCAAACAGGCAUCAUUCUCUCAGUCCCAAACAGGGGUGGUUUAUCAAGGUUCGAAUUUUCAAAAACUCAAAUUUCUGAUAUUUAUUAAGCAAAAAUAAACUAGACGUGUUCCCUGUGAAA